UGGGACCGACGGACUCCGGGGCGGAAAGGCAGGCCCAGGUGUCGGCACGUCGGGGGCGGUGCCCAGAGCCGAGCCCCGCCCCUCGCAGGCCAGCGCCCAGGGCCCGCGGUCCUUGCCCGUUUCCAGUAUGGCCGCCCGCUGUGCCUGACCCGCGGCCUCUCCGUUCCGGCUCCUCGUAGGCGAUGCCGAGGCCGAGGCCGUGACUGACACUCUCGCUUACACGCACGCACGGACCCAGACCCACGCCCGAGCCCGAGCCCUGGGCCCGGAACCGCUCUCGCACCCGGCACCGCGGCCAGAUCCCGGACCACGGCUCCCGCGCCGCCGCGUCGCCGAGAAGGGCCGCGCCGGAGCUCGAGCGCGGCGGCCCCCGGCCGGCAGCGAUGGGGAAGCGGGCGGGAGGAGGAGCAGGAGCCGCCGCCGCCGCCUCCGCGUCCGCCGGGGCCGGGCUGGAGCCCGCGGCCGGCCGCGGCGGGGGUCCGCGGAGCGCGGCCGCGGGCCUCCUGGGAGCGCUGCACCUGGUGAUGACCCUCGUGGUGGCCGCGGCGCGGGCCGAGAAGGAAGCCUUCAUCCAGACCGAGAGCGUCAUAGAGGUGCUGCGCUUUGACGACGGAGGGCUGCUGCAGACUGAGACAACACUUGGACUCAGUUCAUAUCAACAGAAAAGUUUAUCCCUGUACCGCGGUAAUUGCAGGCCCAUCAGAUUUGAGCCACCAAUGCUGGACUUCCACGAACAGCCAGUUGGAAUGCCAAAAAUGGAGAAAGUCUACUUACAUAAUCCUAGUUCUGAAGAAACCAUUACUUUAGUAUCAAUAUCUGCUACAACAUCACAUUUUCAUGCAUCAUUUUUUCAAAAUAGGAAAAUUCUUCCAGGAGGAAAUACAUCAUUUGAUGUAGUUUUUCUUGCAAGAGUAGUAGGAAAUGUAGAAAAUACUUUAUUUAUUAAUACAUCUAAUCAUGGGGUAUUUACUUACCAGGUAUUUGGUGUUGGAGUUCCAAAUCCGUAUCGGUUGAGGCCAUUCCUCGGAGCCAGAGUGCCCGUGAAUAGCAGUUUCUCACCUAUAAUAAACAUACACAACCCUCACAGCGAGCCUUUGCAGGUUGUAGAGAUGUACUCGAGUGGAGGAGACCUUCACCUGGAACUUCCAACGGGGCAACAGGGAGGUACCAGAAAACUGUGGGAAAUCCCUCCUUAUGAAACCAAAGGAGUGAUGAGAGCCAGUUUUUCAUCCAGAGAAGCAGAUAAUCACACAGCCUUCAUCAGAAUAAAGACCAAUGCCUCUGACAGCUCAGAGUUCAUCAUCCUUCCUGUGGAGGUCGAAGUCACAACAGCUCCUGGAAUUUAUUCCUCAACCGAAAUGUUAGAUUUUGGUACACUACGAACACAAGAUCUACCAAAAGUUUUAAAUCUUCAUUUAUUAAAUUCAGGAACAAAAGAUGUACCAAUAACAAGUGUUCGACCUACACCACAAAAUGAUGCUAUAACAGUACACUUUAAACCAAUUACAUUAAAAGCUUCUGAAAGUAAAUACACGAAGGUCGCAAGCAUUAGUUUUGAUGCUUCAAGGGCAAAAAAACCUUCUCAAUUUUCUGGGAAAAUAACUGUUAAAGCAAAGGAAAAGAGUUAUUCUAAACUUGAAAUACCAUACCAAGCAGAAGUUUUAGAUGGCUACUUGGGAUUUGAUCACGCUGCGACAUUAUUUCACAUCCGAGACAGUCCUGCUGACCCCGUCGAGAGGCCGGUUUACCUUACCAACACUUUCAGUUUUGCCAUCCUCAUACACGAUGUGCUGCUGCCAGAAGAAGCCAAAGCAAUGUUUGAAGUCCACAACUUCAGCAAGCCGGUCUUGAUCCUUCCUAACGAGUCAGGAUACAUCUUCACCCUGCUUUUUCUGCCGUCCACAUCAUCCCUGCACAUAGAUAACAACAUUUUACUUAUCACCAAUGCUUCUAAAUUUCAUUUACCUGUGCGGGUUUACACAGGCUUUCUAGAUUACUUUGUAUUGCCCCCCAAAAUAGAGGAACGUUUCAUAGAUUUUGGAGUUCUGAGUGCUACAGAAGCAAGUAAUAUUUUAUUUGCAAUUAUAAACAGCAAUCCAAUUGAGCUUGCUAUAAAAAGUUGGCAUAUCAUAGGAGAUGGUUUGUCCAUAGAACUUGUAGCUACAGAAAGAGGCAAUAGAACUACAAUAAUUUCAAACCUUCCAGAGUUGGAAAAAUCCUCUUUAUCUGACCAGUCAUCAGUAAUGUUAGCUUCAGGCUAUUUUGCAGUCUUCAGAGUCAAACUUACUGCAAAAAAACUGGAAGGGAUUCACGAUGGAGCCAUACAGAUCACAACAGACUAUGAGAUCCUCACCAUUCCUGUGAAGGCUGUGAUCGCCGUGGGCUCGCUGACCUGCUUCCCGAAGCAUAUGGUUCUUCCUCCUUCCUUCCCAGGGAAAAUAGUUCAUCAAAGUUUAAAUAUUAUGAAUUCCUUCUCACAGAAGGUAAAGAUACAACAAAUACAAUCUUUGUCAGAAGAUGUGCGAUUUUACUACAGACGAUUGCGGGGUAACAGGGAAGACCUGGAGCCGGGGAAGAAGUCAAAGAUUGCAAACGUUUACUUUGACCCUGGACUGCAGUGUGGGGAUCAUUGCUAUGUCGGCUUGCCUUUCCUAUCCAAAUCUGAACCCAAGGUGCAGCCUGGAGUGGCCAUGCAGGAGGACGUGUGGGAUUCGGACUGGGAUUCCCACCAGAGCCUGUUCAAAGCCUGGAUGGCAGUAAAGGAGAGUUCAGGCCACAGAUUGAGUGCUAUAUUUGAAGUAAAUACAGACCUUCAAAAAAAUAUAAUAUCAAAAAUCACUGCCGAGCUUUCCUGGCCUUCCAUACUUAGCUCCCCCCGGCACUUGAAAUUCCCGCUCACCAACACAAACUGCUCUUCAGAAGAAGAGAUUACCUUAGAAAAUCCUGCAGAUGUUCCUGUCUAUGUUCAGGUUAUUCCUCUGGCUUUAUAUUCCAACCCUUCAGUCUUUGUAGAUAAGUUAGUCUCAAGGUUUAACUUGAGUAAGGUGGCAAAGUUAGAUUUGAGAACACUAGAAUUUCAAGUCUACAGAAACACUGCUCAUCCACUGCAAAGUUCAACAGGAUUUACAGAGGGCCUGUCUCGACAUUUAAUUUUAAACCUCAUUUUGAAACCUGGAGAAAAGAAAUCUGUCAAAGUAAAGUUUACUCCAAUUCACAACAGAACAGUUUCUUCACUAAUCAUAGUGAGAAAUAACCUGACUGUGAUGGAUGCUAUAAUGGUCCAGGGACAAGGAACAACUGAGAACUUGAGGGUGGCAGGCAAGCUUCCAGGCCCAGGAAGCUCCUUACGCUUCAAAAUCACAGAAGCAUUGCUAAAAGAUUGUACAGACAGUUUAAAACUAAGAGAACCAAAUUUCACAUUGAAAAGAACAUUUAAAGUAGAGAAUACAGGUCAACUUCAAAUCCAUGUAGAAACCAUUGAAAUCAGUGGAUACUCAUGUGAGGGAUAUGGCUUUAAAGUUGUUAAUUGUCAAGAGUUUUCACUAAGUGCCAAUGCCUCCAAGGACAUAAUCAUAUUGUUUACUCCUGAUUUCACGGCUUCUAGAGUGAUUCGUGAGCUGAAGUUUGUAACAACCAGUGGCUCUGAAUUUGCAUUCGUAUUAAAUGCAUCCCUUCCGUACCACAUGCUAGCCACCUGUGCAGAGGCCCUCCCCAGGCCCAACUGGGAGCUGGCUCUGUACAUCAUCAUCUCAGGAAUAAUGAGUGCACUGUUUCUCUUGGUAAUUGGAACAGCCUAUUUGGAAGCUCAAGGAAUUUGGGAGCCAUUUCGAAGGCGACUAUCCUUUGAGGCCUCGAACCCGCCAUUUGAUGUGGGAAGGCCAUUUGACCUCAGGAGAAUUGUUGGUAUUUCAUCUGAAGGAAACUUGAAUACCCUCAGCUGUGACCCCAGUCAUGGUAGGGGCUUCUGUGGAGCAGGCGGCUCAUCAUCCCGGCCUGGUGCGGGGAAUCACAAGCAGUGUGGCCCAUCAGUCCACCCACACAGCAGCCACAGCAGUCGAAACUCAGCUGACAUGGAAAACGUCAGAGCCAAAAGCAGUUCAGGUACCUCGAGCCGGACUUCCGCACAAGCCGCCUCCUCGCAGCCAGCAAGUAAAACGAGCCCCUUAGUCUUUGAGGCACAUGCAGCGCCCCAGGGCCAUGCAGCGGGCAGAAGGUCCAGAGGGGCAAAGCAGAACCAGCACAGCGGCCAGCAGCACAGCCACAGCCCGCUAGAGCAGCAUGCUCAGCCGCCACCACCGCCACCAGUGCCUCAGCACCAGGAGCCUCAGCCCGAGAGGCCACCUCCCGCCCACCCCGACCGUGCCAGCAGCACCCGGCACAGCUCAGAGGACUCGGACAUCACGAGUCUCAUAGAAGCCAUGGACAAAGACUUCGAGCACCAUGACUCCCCACCCCUAGAAGUGUUUACAGAGCAGCCGCCAUCGCCAUUGUCAAAGAGCAAAGGGAAAGGCAGAGCCCUUCAGCGCAAGGUCAGAGCACCUCGAAAGCAGGAGGAGAAGGAGGAGAAGGGCAAGGGAAGGCCCCCGGAGGACGAGCUGAAGGGCUCCCUGGCCGACGACGACAGCUCCUCCACCACCACCGAGACCUCCAACCCCGACACGGAGCCGCUCAAGGAGGACACAGAAAAACAAAAGGGAAAACAAGCCAUGCCUGAGAAACACGAAAGUGAAACGUCUCAAGUGAAGCAGAAAAGCAAGAAGCUCCUCAGCACUAAGAAGGAGACCCCAACAGAUGUGAAGCCCAGUUCUCUGGAGUCACCGUUUACUCCCACCUUGGAAAGUAAGCCACGUAGAAAUCUCCCAGCCAAGAUCCCUCUUCCAGCCGCUUUGACGAGUGGACCCAAGUCUCGGAAUCCCCAGAAAACAAAAGGUACAAAUAAGUUGGUGGACAGCAGACCACCUGCCCUAGCAAAAUUCCUCCCGAACAGUCCAGAACCAGGCAACACCAGUAGCUCAGAGGGCGAGAAAGACUCGCCGCCACCGGAGUGGGACGCGGUGCCCGUCCACAAGCCCGGCAGCUCAACCGACAGUCUUUAUAAACUUUCUCUGCAAACCCUCAACGCAGACAUUUUCUUAAAACAACGCCAGACCUCGCCGACCCCCGCCUCUCCGUCUCCCCCCGCCGCCCCCUGCCCGUUCACGUCCCGGGGCAGCUACAGCAGCAUCGUCAACAGCGGCAGUGACCCGAAAACAAAGCAGCCAAACGGAAGCAAAAGCAAACUGACAAAGGCAGCCUCGCUCCCGGGCAAGAACGGCAACCCCACCUUCGCUGCGGUCACGGCGGGUUACGACAAGAGCCCUGGUGGGAACGGCUUCACUAAAGUGUCGGCGGGCAAGACGGACUUUUCCAGCAGCCUCGGCGUUUCGCACAUCCCAGUCGACAGCGACGGCUCAGACAGCUCGGGUCUGUGGAGCCCCGUCAGCAACCCAAGCAGCCCCGACUUCACCCCCCUCAAUUCCUUCUCGGCCUUUGGGAAUUCUUUUAACCUAACCGGCGAAGUUUUCAGCAAACUCGGGUUGUCCCGGUCCUGCAAUCAGGCCUCCCAGAGGAGCUGGAACGAGUUCAGCAGUGGCCCCUCGUACCUUUGGGACUCUCCAGCGACAGAUCCAAGCCCCUCCUGGCCAGCCAGCUCCAGCUCCCCCACCCACACGGCCACCUCCAUCCUCGGCAACACCAGCGGCUUGUGGUCCACCACCCCCUUCAGCAGCUCCAUCUGGUCCAGCAGCCUCAACAGCGCCCUCCCCUUCAGCACCCCAGCCAGCACGCUGUCCAGCAUCGGCCUCAUGGGCACCGAGACCUCCCCCGGGGCACACGCCCCUGCCGCCUCCAGCCCGGCUGAUGACUUGGGACAGACGUACAACCCCUGGCGGAUAUGGAGUCCCACCAUCGGAAGAAGAAGCUCUGACCCCUGGUCUAACUCGCACUUCCCUCAUGAGAAUUGAAAUUAGGCAAAAACAAAAAGAAACCACGCGGGCGCCUGGCCUCGAUCCUGAUGGGCCUCAGCCCCCGCCCCUGCAGGCAGACCCGCAGGGCAGGCUCCACACGCGCUUCUCUCCGGUCUUUCUCGCAAUUAUGAUACUAUGAGAUUUGCUGUUGUGCUUUUAGAGCAGUCUGGACGCAGCCACAGACUAAGACCUGUCCAUCCAAAACCUCGCUGUCCCGUCUCCCCGCCCUCCUCCCGUGCUCCCUUCAUCUGUCUGAACACAGAUUUGGCAUUACAGCUAAGGGAGUGAUUUGAGUUAAUUCAGAAGUCCUGGCAUGUGACAAUUUUACUAAAUUACCAAGUUUGGUUAAUAAUUUCUCAAUAUUAUGCGCCAAGAUCUAAUUUUAAAAUGUAUGAGGACUUUGUGCUGAAAAUACAGAGUAUUUUUUUAAAAGUAAGGCUGUGUUGGUAAAAGCAGAUUACAGAGAUGUAAGACAACUUAAGAACAGUGGAUGAACAUAAGACCACUCGGUUGAGACCAUAUGCAUUUUCCGUGCUGUUUGUACUUGAGGUAUGUAACAUUUGUAUACCUGGAUUUAUUUUAAAGAUAAACUGAAAUGCACAUAGCCAAGUCUUGAAGUACAAGAUUGAAUGUGUAUUUCUUAAAAAUACAACUUUGUGUUGUACUUUGAAAUAAAUGAUGCUUUUUUCAAAAGCCUUGAA